CCGGUCCAAAAUGGCGGACAAAACCGUCACCUCAUCUAUUACUUAAGUCAACUGAUAUCAAUGCGCCUGCUAAAAACGUCAGAGGCUUAGACAGAAAAAAACAGAAAAAGAAAGAAAACAGAUAAACACAAGAACAGGGGUAGGUAAAACUACAAUUUGCAAAAAAGUCAAUGAGGCAUUAAUGAAAAACUCAAUAAGUACGCAAGGAUUCUACACUGAAGAAGUGCGUAAUGAUCAGAAAGCUGGCCGAAUUGGUUUUGAUAUUGUUACACUCACUGGGGAAAGAAGCCCUUUGGCAAGAUUGAAAGAGGAAGGAAAAAAGCAGAAUGGACCAAGUGUUGGUAAAUAUCUGGUGGAUUUGAAAUCCUUUGAGUCACUAGCCAUGUCUUCUCUCCARUUCCAUCAUGACAGUGUACCAUCAUCAGUUGUCAUUGUUGAUGAGAUUGGCAAGAUGGAGCUUUUCAGUAGACUAUUCUCACAAGCAGUUAGUGACUUAUUUGAAUCAAAGACACCUUGUAUAUUAGCAACAGUACCUAUUGCCAAGCAACGUGCAAUACCAUUUGUAGAGCGCCUCAAAGAAAGGAAAGAUGUUGUUUUAAUUGAGGUCACAAGGACAAACCGUUCAAGUAUUGCCGAUGAGGUUCUCCAGUUAAUUUCUUCUGCUAUAUGCAGAAAAGUUACUUGACAGAUUAUCUAUAAUAACUUUAUUGGCUCCAUUCUACAUCAAUUAUCAUGAAAGUUAUAGAYGAUAUCAAAACAAAGUUAAAAUAAAAUUCCAUAUCAACUAUGUAAAAUUGCAGACAUUUAAAAAAAUGUGCUUGACACCAUUGAGAAAUAAAAUAUUUAUUUUCUUGA